AGUGUCGUGUAAAGAUGAUCAUUCCUCGUUGCAACACAAGUUAACCACGAAUUUGCCUUGUAUACCACAAAAAAUGUUUCACAUUUAGGGUCUAUAAUUCAAGAUAAUCCUGUGUAGGAGCCACAUAACUGGACCACAAAGUUCCCAACUGGUGGUUAAACACAACACAAUCCAAAAGUGUAGCCCUCAGUUGGCUGAUUCUAAUUGGACGAAAAUAAGAAAUUAUAAAGACAGUCAUAUUUUGGCAAAAGAUAACAGAGAACAUUCAACUAGGGAUCUAUUUUCCAUCACGUAUAAUGCAUGGUCUUCAAGAUUUUUUAAAAAAAUUCCUGCAAUAACAGGUUCUAUCUAGCUACUUUUUUUUUUUUUCUUUCUUUCUGAAUUCUAUGGUUGCAAGAGAAUUCAGAAAUGCUGAGGCUAAAUUUAUGUAGUUCCGUUGUUCCUAGUCCGAUAGAAGUCAAAGAAAUUGGCAGAAGCUGCCAUUCAUGGAUCAUUUUAACCAACAAAGCGACGAUUCUAUGUAGGAGGAACAUUAGUGUCAAAGCCCUGAAAGACGGGAUGAAUGGUGGCACUAAUGGCAGUGGAUUAGGUGGUCGUAGUUGGGACCCUGGAUUGGAAAUUGAGGUGCCAUUUGAACAAAGGCCGGUGAAUGAGUACUCAUCUCUGAAAGAUGAAACUUUAUACUCUUGGGCAGAAUUGGGUCCAGGGGGAUUCUUCUUACGUCUUGGUGGACUUUGGUUAGUCACUUUCACAGUUUUGGGAGUGCCUAUUGCUGCUGCAAGCUUCAAUCCGUCAAAGGAUCCCUUAAGAUUUCUCCUGGCAGCAAGUUCAGGGACCCUCUUUAUUGUUGCACUGAUUGUCCUGAGAAUUUAUCUGGGAUGGAGCUAUGUUGGAGAUAGACUUUUAUCAGCAGUUAUACCUUAUGAAGAGACCGGAUGGUAUGAUGGACAGAUGUGGGUGAAGCCCCCCGAGAUCCUAGCUCGUGAUAGGCUGCUCGGUUCGUAUAAGGUGAAACCAGUCAUAAAAAUGCUGAAGCAAACGCUGGUUGGAACAGGGGCUUUGCUAGUUGCAGCAGUCACAUUAUUCAUAUUUGCAACACCAGUAGAAGAUUUUAUCCGCGAUACUUUCACAACAAAAGAGAACUCAUUGAGUUCCACCUCAACAAACAGCACAAAACUAGCCCUCAGGAAAGAAGAACUGUUAAGCUUGCCACUGGAAGUCAAGGAGGACGAUGAUCUGGCACAAGCUGCUGCUGAAGCAGCUAAUGGAAGGCCAGUUUACUGCAGAGAUAGGUAUUAUCGUGCAUUGGCCGGUGGACAGUACUGCAAAUGGGAAGACCUACUUAUAAAAUAAGAGGACAAGUGAAGAAAGCUAUAAUUAAAUUCUGUGAUUGCUCAAAAGAUCAGUACAAUUGAGCCUGCUCUUAUAACUUUAGAGAAGAAAUUUUGAUGUUUUACGCAUAAGAUAAUCUGUAUGUAAAGAACAAAAGAAAGAGAAUCAUAACCAGAAAUUGGAUAUAUCAAGUGAACAUCCAUCAUCUUAUCAAAA